AAGCAGCAGGGGAGGGUAGCAUUUCCUGGGAGGAGCAGUUGUGGAAGGAUUUGUGUCAGUCCAAAGUGCAGGCCUGAAGGCAAGCGAAUGUAGUCCCCACCCCUUGUUAGUGGAUUGGUGGAGAACCAGACACCAGGACUUGGCAGGCAUCUCUACAGUUCAUCCUGCUGCAGCAGCCUCGUGUCAGAAGACUCUAGGGUAACAUGGUUCAGCAAAUCCUUUACAGAGCUCUGGUCUCCAGCAAAUGGCUUGCAGAAUGUGUCCGGGCCAAUAAAAUCGGACCUGAUGUGCGUGUGCUGGAUGCAUCAUGGUAUGAACCAGGGCAGAGGGAUGCUCAGAAGGAGUUCAGAGAGCAGCACAUCCCUGGUGCCUCCUUUUUUGAUAUUGAGGAGUGCAAAGACAAGUCCUCUCCUUAUGAGCUCAUGCUACCCAGUGAAAAAAACUUUGCUGACUACGUUGGACACCUGGGCAUCAGCAACCACACGCAUGUGGUGGUGUAUGAUGGAGAUCACUUGGGCAGCUACUAUGCACCACGAGCCUGGUGGAUGUUCCGGGUUUUCGGGCAUCGAACUGUCUCUGUAUUGAAUGGGGGGCUCAAGAACUGGGUGAAGGAAGGUCACCCUGUGACAUCAGAGAUCACCCAGCCAGAGCCAGGCGUGUUUAAAGCCACCCUGGACAAAUCGCUCCUGAAGACCUAUGAAGAGAUGGUAUCGAAUAUGACAUCCAAGCGGUUCCAGAUGGUGGACUCCAGAUCUGAAGGAAGAUUCCAAGGAACAGAACCUGAGCCAGGGAACCAAGGGCUUGAACCAGGCCAUAUUCCAGGCUGCUCGAACAUGCCUUUUUUCGAUUUCUUAACCGAGGAAGGAUUUGAAAAGGACACCGAAGAGCUCCAUCGCAUGUUCCAGGCGAAGAAGGUAGACCUCUCAAAACCACUGAUUGCCACCUGCCGCAAGGGGGUCACAGCCUGCCACAUUGCCCUGGCAGCAUACCUGUGUGGCAAACCGGAUGUGGCUGUCUAUGAUGGAUCCUGGUCAGAAUGGUUUCGUCGCGCUUCUCCAGAAUACAGAGUUUCCAAGUGGAAUAGCAACAAAGUAUAAUAAAAGAGGUGCAUCUGCAGUGCUACUUCAUGCUCUGAAGUUGGGUUUCUUAAAUCAUGUUUAACUAAGCAAAGGAAGGGGAAAUAUGUGAAACCUAGUCCUUUAUAAUUUUUUUAGUUUUCUAAUCCACUUGGUGCGUGUUUUUAUCUCUGUCUCCUUUCCUUAAUCGGGUAAUUGAAUAAACUGGAAUUUCAAGUCAA